AAGAAGAACGGUACCGGCGGAGGGAUACAUUUUUGCAUAGCACGUCGAAGCCGGGCAAUUCUGCAUCAUCGUAAUACGGUCUCCACGUAGUUCCUGAAUCAUAUAUUUUAAUACAGUUUGAUUUGAAAAUCCUGUGCUUCUCUAAAGUAGAUAUCUAAUUGUUGAAGAGGAUACAAAACCGCAUUUGGGCGAUUUAUCUUCUUUACAGUGCUUGAAAAGACUACGGGAUGGCUGAUCAGCUGACUGAGGAGCAGAUUGCUGAGUUCAAGGAGGCAUUCUCGCUGUUUGACAAAGAUGGUGAUGGCACGAUCACCACUAAGGAGCUUGGGACUGUGAUGCGCUCUCUGGGUCAGAACCCCACUGAGGCUGAACUGCAGGAUAUGAUCAAUGAGGUGGAUGCUGAUGGUAAUGGUACAAUUGACUUCCCUGAAUUUCUGACCAUGAUGGCCAGGAAGAUGAAAGAUACAGACAGUGAGGAGGAGAUCCGAGAAGCCUUCAGAGUCUUUGACAAGGAUGGUAACGGCUACAUCAGUGCAGCAGAGCUACGGCACGUCAUGACCAACCUAGGGGAGAAGCUCACUGAUGAAGAGGUGGACGAAAUGAUCCGCGAGGCUGACAUCGAUGGUGACGGCCAAGUCAACUAUGAGGAGUUUGUCCAGAUGAUGACUGCCAAGUGAAGAGAACAGUGAAAUUUCUCUCAGCAUUGCUUGUCCUCCUAAGAUUAAUGUCUUUAAGAACCAAAAAAGGAACUAUUAUCAAAAGAUAAACCAAAUACCCCCUAAAAAUCACUUCUCUGUAAAAAUGUUCAAUUAGUGCUUCAGUACAGCCAACUACUUCUAAGGCAUCUGUUUAGCGAACACCAACAGAAUAAUCCAGAGAGAAGUUAAUGGACCAAGCUUUUAGAGGGCCGAAGCCCGUACUUCAGACCAAGAUUCUGCUGAGUCACCCAGCUCCUGAUUAAUUUAGAGGAAAGAGCAACACUGAAAAGGCAGUGGGGUAGGAACCCACACCACGGUUAGAACACUGAAGUUGGCUGUUUAACUCCUUUUUUUAUUUUUGUUUUGGGUUUUUUUAAUAUUCGACCUAGAAAAACUGACUCACUUGCACCAGUGGUGAUCCUUUAAAUACUGAAUUGAGUACUCUUCUUGCAUGCACCCUUUCUGUGGCGAUCUCUUGUCACAACAAGGAGGCUCUGAUCCUGUCAGAGGUAGUGGUCAGAUCGUGUACACACUGGAGGUAUAUACAUUACUAUAUAGCUAUAUAUCUGUAAAAUUUGUGUCACUAUGAUUAUUGCAAGAGCAGAUAGUUGCGGUUUAGGGUGUUCAUUGGUGCUCGGUUGGAGAUGAGCAUUGAAGAGUUCAGACAAGAAUGAGAGACUGAAAAUUUCUGAUGGUUUUCCCCCUCUGGGAUGUGAUAGCGUCUUGUUUUUGAGCAGUGGGCUUUACGUCGCCUGCAGCACUGAUUGGAGGCAGCAGUUUGUUGUUUUGCUUCAGGAUGAUGAUUGUGAAAACACUGAAGGACUGAGUUGAUAGCUUUUGUUCUUCAGAUAUCCUGAUGAUACUAUAUUGAUGUAAUGCUUUAUUACUGUGUUCUCAAAUAUUAAUGUAUUGAUGACAAACUUUGGUCACAAACUAUAUCUAUAUAUAAGUGUGUCGUAAAGUUUGCAUUGCCUAUUGUUGUAGUAAAUGACCUGUGACAUGUUUUCUCUUGGUUUUGAAAUGUGCCAUAAUACUCUUGAACGCCUCAACCUUCUUGCAAGACUCGUAGUUCAUUAGGAUAUAAUAAACCUACUUAAUAUAAUAACAGACAUUAAAAACAUGCAGUUGAACAUAUUUGCACUUUGGUAUAAACCACGUGGAUAUAAAAAUGUUUUGUUUUAAAAAAAGAAAAAGAAACCAAAUGUCACUGUUGCUGCUGCUAUAACAACUCAUUUGUUACACUCAUUUGUCGUCCUUGUUGGUGUCUGAUCUUCAGUUUGUAGUCCGGUGAUUCAAACUUUAACCUGCUUGCUGUUUUACUGAACAGAUUAAUAUACUGUAUAUUCACAAACAUACUUGUAGUGGAGGUGACGUGUUUCAUUUGGGCUACUAGACUUUCAGAUACAGGGGGUGUAGCAAAGAAUUCAGCUUUAGGUGAGAGAUUGGUGUCAGUGAAAAGCUUGAGCAGUUUUAUGGAGCAGGUUAUCUGAGGUAAUUUCCUCAAAGCAUGAAACCUAAAUAUUGCCCUGUUGGAGGCGCUUUAAUUGGAUUUAUUUGCUUCAGAUGAAUGGAGGUCAAAGUUAAAUGGACUGUUAACUUCUGAAGGUGUCAAAAAUGUAAAGAUGUGAUAUAUUUUCCAUAAAUCAAUAAACUGACUGAGCUUUA